AUGACAAGGGUUCUCGAGGAGUCAGUAGGAAAAAAUAAAAUAGAAACACCAGCUGAGGCCCGUUCUCGCACACCUAGCUUGAAAAGCAGUUCAAGGACAAGUUCAAGGACAAGUUGUAGUAGCUCGUUGCUAGCUCGUCAGAGAGCAAAGUUGGAGGCAGCGAAAACUCGGCUAACAUUUACUCAGAAGGAGAUAGAACUACAGAAGCAACAAGCUCACAGGGAAGCAGAAGCUCUCAGGCAGAGAGUACAUUACGAAUCAGACCUUCAAUAUUUGAGAUCUCAGCAAGCCGCAGCGGAAGCUCAAGCAGAACUUGAUGCCAUGUGUAAACAGUUAGAGGAUUACGAUAAUGUCUCAAAACGAGGCUCAUUGCCCCUUCCUGCAAUGGAUUCUAGGGAACGGACAGAAAAGUAUGUAAAAGAACACAGUCAGACAGGAACACACGAAAGAUCCAACAGAGUUGAGGAAGUCAAUGUUGACACUGCCUUUAACCAUAACCAUUAUCAAAGUCUACCUCAGCACACAGAGCAAACAUCUAGACCUGUCGCAGGCAUCCACAUUGAUAGUCGUUCAAAUUCUGGACCAACAAGGAAUCGGUUAGAUCCUGACGCACCCAGCUUUCUCCCAGAGAAACACGAGUAUUCAGACUUUACAAAGUACUUAUUGCGCAAGGACCUGCUUCUUCAUAGGUUCACUGCCUUUGAUGAUAAACCAGAAAACUUUGGGAUAUGGAAGGCGACUUUCCAAUCCGUUGUUAAGGAACUCUGUGUUACUCCUAAUGAGGAGUUUGAUCUGAUAGUCAAAUGGCUUGGACCCGAGUCAAAGAAACAUGCGUUAAGUUUGAGAGCAUCAAAUACUACGAACCCAGCCAAUGGGCUAAGGAGGCUGUGGGAGCGUUUACAGGAGAGAUAUGGGUCACCUGAGAUGGUGGAAUCUAGCCUAAAAAAGAAAUUGGAGAAAUUUCCCAAAUUAAGCAAUAAGGACAACAGUAAGUUAUAUGACUUGUCUGACAUUCUAUCAGAGGUGGAAUCAGGGAUGGAAGACCCUCUAUACGCAGGAUUACUUGGCUAUUUCAACACUUCCUCAGGAGUCCUUCCUAUUGUAGGAAAAUUACCUCACCAUCUUCAAGGGAAGUGGACAGUAAGUGCUGCCAAGUACAAGAAAAACAAUGGUGUGGCUUUUCCCCCAUUCUCACAAUUCGUUGCCUUUAUCAGAGAAAUGAGUUCAAUGCUCAAUGACCCAGGCCUUGUGUGCAAGGAGACUGGUACACAUGCGAGAUUUCAGUCGAACAUUCGUGUUGCUAAGACACAAGUUGCUAAGACAAAAGUAUCUGGUAGCGAGGAAGCUGAUAAUUCUAAGCAAAAUAAGAAGCAGUGCCCCGUGCACAACACUUGUUAUCACAGCAUUAAUCAAUGCAGAUCUUUCAGACAGAAAUCUUUAUCGGAGCGCAGGCGCCUUUUAAGCGAGCACGGGAUAUGUUUUCGUUGUUGCGAAUCGAACAAUCAUAUAUUUAAAAACUGUAAAGUGUCGAUCAAGUGUAAAGAGUGUAACAGCGAACAACACCCUACCGCGCUUCAUCCGAGGAACGAUACUUUAUCUGUACAAAGGAACACCACGAACAAGUUUGGUAAGAGCGACAGUGAAGGUUCGAGCCAGCAUGGCGGGGAGAAAGAUGAUGGCGUGGUAAACAAGUGUACCCGUGUGUGUGGAAGGGAGUUCAGUGGAAGGUCAUGUUCUAAAACCAUACUAGUAAAAGUUCACCCUACGGACAGACCAGAUCAAGCUAGAUACAUGUAUGCUAUCUUGGACGAUCAAAGUAACCGUACGUUAUGCCGACCGUCUUUUUUCAACACUAUGAACAUUCCAGGAGGGAAUAUGGAAACGUAUACACUUAUUUCCUGCAGCGGUAACAUUCAUACCGAAGGAAGAUGUGCAAGUGGAUUUUCGGUUUCAUCCAAAGGAGGAAAUUUUACGGUACAGCUACCCAGUAUACUAGAGUGUGCGCAAAUUCCAGACAACCGUUCAGAGAUACCCACCCCAGAAGUGAUCGCGCAUCAUCGUCACUUAAAGGAUGUCGACAUACCACCCUUAGACCCAGAAUCUGAAAUUCUCCUGCUAAUAGGUCGUGAUGUGCCAGAGGCCCACCACGUCCGCGAACAGAUAAUUGGUCCACCAAAUUCACCAUUUGCCCAGAGGAUAAAUCUCGGUUGGGUAGUUAUAGGUAGAGUCUGCCUUGGAUCAACCCAUCCUCCAGACCCGUUAGACAUCUCUGUUCUUAAGACAAGUAUAUUGAGAGACGGGCGUCCUACAUUGUUUCCUCCAUGUGACAAUCAGUUUAAUGUGAACAUUAUUCGUGAGGAAUCAAACAUCGGACAAGACGUGUUUAGACAAACACAGGAUGACAACAAAGUUGACUUGUCUAUAGAAGACAGAGAGUUUCUCAAACUUAUGGACAAAGAGUUCGUGAAGGACAGUCAAGGUAAAUGGACAGCUCCAUUGCCCUUCCGUGAACCACGCCCUAGACUACCUAAUAACAGGCACCAGGCCUUGAAACGUGCUCAGAUCCUUGACGCAUCUCUACAGAGGAAUCAUAUCAAGCGCGAUCACCUUGUUACCUUCAUGAAGGGAAUCUUAGAUAAUGGACACGCAGAAGUGGCUCCUCCACUUUCUGGGAAUGAGGAGUGUUGGUACUUGCCACUUUUCGGCAUUUAUCAUCCCAAGAAACCUGAUAAGAUUCGGGGAGUUUUUGAUUCAUCAGCAAAACAUGAAGGGAUAGCACUCAAUGAGGUUUUGAUGAAGGGCCCUGAUUUGACUAACAAUCUCCUUGGAAUUCUCUUAAGAUUCCGGAAGGAAGAUGUGGCUAUUAGUUGUGAUGUAGAACAGAUGUUCUAUUGUUUUGGGGUCCGAGAAGAUCACCGUAACUAUCUUCGCUUCCUUGAAGACAAUGAUCCAGUAAAGAGAAUGAUAGAGUACAGGAUGUGCAAGCACGUUUUUGGAAAUAGUCCGUCGCCUGCUGUAGCAACCUAUGGGCUUCGCAAGACUGCUCAGGAGAGUAAGAAUGAAUGUGGCAGUGAUGUUUGUGAUUUUAUUGAAAACAAUUUUUAUGUGGACGACGGACUGAAGUCAGUUCCCACUGCUCAAGAGGCAAUUAGUUUGUUGAACAGGACAAAGGAGGAUUUGAGUAGAGGUAACAUCAGACUCCACAAAUUUACGUCGAACUGCACGGAAGUUCUCAAUGCUAUGCCUCCAGAGGAUCUUGCCAGUGAUCUUAGAAAGAUUGAAAUCGGCAUUGAUUCCCUUCCUACUCAACGUAGCCUUGGUCUUUGCUGGAUACUGGAGACUGACGUCUUUACAUUCAAUAUACCUACCGAGUCCAAACCGUACACACGUCGCGGAGUUCUAUCUACCAUAAACAGUUUGUUCGACCCCCUCGGGUUUCUUUCUCCAGUGACAGUACAAGGUAAAAUCCUUCUUCGAAACAUGGUAGCAGGGACAGUCGACUGGGAUCAACCACUACCAGAUGAAUUUAAAGAAGUAUGGGAACAAUGGGACACUUCUAUUCAGGAGCUGGGCACAUUCCAAAUACCCCGCAGGUAUCCUACACAUAUCGAUACUUCGACAGAGCUUCACAUCUAUUCAGAUGCCUCCGAGAAGGCAAUUUCAGCUGUGGCUUAUCUCAGAUCGGAUAAUGACAUUCAUCAACCUCGCUAUGGUUUUGUGAUGGGAAAGUCAAAGGUUGCUCCUCGUCAAGGUCACACUAUACCACGCUUAGAAUUGUGCGCUGCUGUCAUGGCAGUGGAGAUAGCAGAAACUCUCACGGAGGAAUUGCCUUUACCUCGAGAAUGCGUUUCCUUUCACACAGAUAGUAAGGUGGUACUAGGAUACCUGAAUAACCGUACGCGUCGCUUCUUCGUGUAUGUGGCGAAUCGAGUAUCACGGAUUCUGGAUUUCAGUACGCCAGAACAGUGGAGAUAUGUGUCGACCGAGGAAAAUCCAGCUGAUCAAGGUACACGCUAUGUUCGUCCAUCACAGUUGAUGACAAGUUCUUGGAUACAGGGUCCUGCAUCAUUGAAAUCAACAUUGUCUGAGCAUGAUAGGCCAAUCCCUGAAGAGACAUUCCCAAUUGUUACUCCAGAGAGCGAUACCGAGGUUAGACCUGAACCUGAUGUACAGGUUACGAAAACAUUAAUCACAUCAGAAAGCGUUCUCGGUGUGGAUCGUUUUGACAAAUUCUCGACGUGGAACAGCAUACUUCGUUGUCUUUCAUUCUUGUGUCGUUCGACACACAGGAUACGGUCGAGGAUUACCCCGGACAGCAAGGUCAAAACUAACGACUGUACCAUUGCUACUCCUAGUGAAACAAAUCAGGAACAUUUUGUUCUGAAGCAAGUACAACAGAAGUAUUAUCCAAGGGAGAUAAGAUGCCUGACUACCGGACAUUCGAUUCCGAGAGACAGUCACGUUCUUCGUCUGUCAACAUUCUUAGAUGAAAAUGGUUUGCUUCGAGUUGGAGGGAGAUUACAACGGUCAAACUUACCUUACGAUGAGAAACGUCCUAUUCUUAUUCCUGGUUCUAGUCAUAUUGCUACACUUCUCGUGCGACAUUUUCACCAGUCAGUCCAUCAUCAAGGCAGACAGUUCACAGAAGGUGCCAUCAGGGCUGCAGGGUACUGGAUCACUGGAGGGAAAAGACUUGUGUCGUUUGUUAUUCAUCGAUGUGUCACAUGUCGACGUUUGCGUGGAAAGGUAUGUAGCCAGAAAAUGGCGGAUCUGCCUGCAGACCGAUUGACCCCCACACCUCCAUUUACAUGUGUCGGUGUGGAUGUUUUCGGACCAUGGAACAUUACGACACGACGGACACGGGGAGGUUCAGCAUCAAGUAAACGAUGGGCAGUCCUCUACACCUGUAUGACUACACGAGCUGUACACAUCGAGCUCAUUGAGGAGAUGUCCUCCUCAUGCUUUAUCAAUGCAACAAGGAGGUUUUACGCUGUUAGGGGCAAAGUUCGGGAAUUUAGAUCAGACUGUGGAACAAACUUUGUGGGAGCAGUGAAGGAUCUGAACAUCCAAGCUAUAAAUGUUGGUGACAAAGCCCUACAGGAGUUUCUGGACGAAUCGACCUCAGUAUGGAAGUUUAACCCCCCUCACGCGUCCCAUUUUGGAGGCACCUGGGAGCGCAUGAUCUGUGUGGUUCGUAGGAUUUUAGAAGCCCUCUUGAUUGGAUGCAAGACCUUAACCCAUGAGGUCUUAUCUACCUUUAUGGCCGAGGUUAUGGCUAUAGUAAAUGCAAGACCACUUGUACCAGUUUCCACGGACCCGGAUUCACCUUACAUACUCUCACCAUCAGUGCUUCUCACUCAGAAAAUGGGGAACAAUCCGGAAUCCUUCGCAUACUUAAAUGUCAAGGACACUUUCCGUUCUCAGUGGAAACAUGUACAGUAUCUAGCAGAACAGUUCUGGGGUAGGUGGCGCAAGGAAUUUCUCCCUACCAUUCAAGUGAAACGAAAAUGGACCCAGGGGGAGAAAAACCUACAAGAGGGAGACGUUGUGGUUCUAAAGGAUGAGUCUGAAACCAGGAACAACUGGCCUAUUGGUAUGAUCACCCGUACAUUCCCAAGUGAGGAUACUCUGGUUCGAAAAGUGGAGGUUCGUGUUGUACGCAAUGGAAAGACACUAACAUUUAUUCGUCCGAUCUCCAAAAUCAUUUUGCUGUGUCCAAAACAAGACGAGUAA